UGUUUACUUCCCUGUGUUGUUUUUGUGUUGUUUAGUAAUCACUGUAAUCAUUUUCCUUUGCACACAUUCGCUCUCAGUGCGUUCCUUCUUGCUCUGUCACGUGACAGGACCCGGAACUGAACUCAAGUCCACAGCAGUUUUUAGAUACCGACAGCCAGCAAAUCCAUUCGUCACCUUAUGAGAACUCGCAUUUCUAGUUUUUGGCUGUUUUAGCACUUUGACAGCUCAUACAGCUUUUUUUUUUAACCCCUGGGUUUGGUGUAAUUUCAGUCAGACAGAGAGACUGCAGGUGAGGUGAGUGGACUAUGUUCACCUCGCACCACCUCACUGACUAAACAGAAAAGUCGCUACUUCACCGCAAGAAAAACAGCAAAAACACGAGUUUUCUUCCCGCCAUGAGGGUCUGCUCUGAGCGGUAUCAUCGCCUGCUCCUGAGUUAACCGUGUGGACAGCUGACACGACCGUCCCUGAGCCUUCGGGAAAACCCUGUGUGCUGUAGUGAAAUGAAUAUGCAUUUCUACUGCGGCUGAGUUUAGAGUUUCAGCUCGUUUCAUUUCGUCGUUUUUUUGGGGGGGUUUGUUUUGUUUUACGAACAGCAGCAGCCCUCAGGCUUUGAUUAUGGAGAUCCAAGUGGCACAUCUGCCCUCGACCGAGUCUGAAGAGUGUCAGAAACGCUUCCAGGCGGCUGUGGAUGUCAUCCAGAACCUGCCCAAAAACGGUUCCUACAGGCCUUCGUAUGAAGUGAUGCUGCGGUUCUAUAGCCUGUAUAAACAGGCUGUGUGUGGACCAUGCACAGCAUCUCGUCCGGGCUUCUGGGACCCUGUGGGUCGCUACAAGUGGGAUGCUUGGAAUCGGCUUGGAAACAUGAGUCGUGCGAGUGCCAUGGCCGCCUAUGUCGAUGAGAUGAAGAAAGUUGCGCAAGAGCUUAUAGACAGUAUGCCCAUAAAUGAGAAGACGGCGUCUUUUUACCAUUAUUUUGAGCCACUCUACCAUGUCAUUCAUGAUCUACCAAGACCACCAGAGGUACUACUGAAUCUGAGACAAGAUAUAAAUGCAAACGAAGCAACUGAAACUCCUGCUGAGGACGUGGAUGGCACUAUACAAGAAGAAAUAAGUCGAGAACAAGAGCGAGAGCAAAAGUUGGAUCUUGAGCCUGUCCUUAACAAUGUGCCUCAGAAUGAAAGUGCAGAUGUGGCUCUGUCGGAUGGUCUGGUGCUGACUAGCGACUCUGAGAGUGAAAUUUUCUGCGACUCAAUGGAGCAGCUGGACUACAUAAAGCCAGUUCCUGAGCCACACGGCGGGCAGAAUCGGCUCGUGAACACACCUGCCCUCCAGGUGACCCAGCUGGGUGUUGGGCAGGGUGGAGAGGGGGCUGGAAAUGGACCACCGCCAAGGAGGAGGGAACAAGGAAGAGAUGGAAUGAGGCAUGGUUGGAGGGAAGCUCCUGGUGGUUUUCCGUACAGCAGUGGUAGACGAGCAGGGCAGCAGGCAUCUGGCGGACGAGGAGGACACAACCCUGACAGAGGGACUGAAGGACUUCAGGACACACAGGUGCAGGAGCAGAUCAUACUGGCACUACAGAGGCUCCGAGAGGACAUGCAGAGCGUGAUGGAGCGGCUGGAGGUGGUCGAGGGCUUGGCUGCAGCUAAUGCUCAAACUGCACAGUGGAGACACAUGCAGUUGACAUCUCCACAGACUGAGGUGGAGAAAUGGUGGCCAUUUGAUGUCUCUGGCCGAACUCUGCUGGUGCUUUUGAUCUGGCCUUUCAUCGCUCAAGGAAUGAUAUUCUGGCUACAGCAGAGGAAGAAAAAGCCUCAGAAGCUUCUCUGUCCAUAAUUUGAAAUCAUACUACAUAGUAUACAUAGUGUUUGAUGGUGAGGUUCAGGUGCUUAAAGAAAACAGGGAUGCUUUUUAAAAUAUGAACAACUUAAUGAAUCGGCUCGACAGAUUCUUUGGAAAUAAACUCGGGGUACAUUAGGAACAGUGUGUAGGCAUUCUCUGUUUUCUUAUUCAUUUAGCACCUGUGUGUGAGACUAAAGCUUUACACAGGCAACGUUUUACUAGAGGGUGAGUGCUGCAAUGAUGUUAUCUAUCUUGAAGAAAAACUAAUGUGAAUCUUAAUGUUACUCUUACAAACUUCAUGAUGCUUGUUGACUGCAGAAACGGUUUCAGGUUGGGUUUUUUAAAGACUACAGAUUGAUGUCUUUUUUUUAAAAAAUGGGAUAAAUUCGUAUCGAUCAAACUAUAGGUGUUAGAUUGUACAGACAUUAUAGUUUUCAAACCCUGUUAAACAGAUUUUGUUGUUGUUGUUGGUCUUUAAGUCAUUAUUCAAAGGGGCAACAUGGACACACCAGCAUAUAGUGUGUGUGAGAGAGUUCCUUAUCAGGAAAGCCUUAAAUUACACACAUGGCCUUCAUGUGGAUUUCACAGUGGGUUCAAGUAUCUGAGCGGAUUUAAUUCACACUACACUGAUAUAACACUGAGAAGUGCUAAAUAAAUAAAUAAAUAAAAUUGCAUUAUAUAUUAAUCUACAAAUGCAUGUAUUAAACUAACAUACUGAGUCACAUGGGGAAAAAAGGGUGAUGCAAUUAUUUAGUGCAAAUGCGUUAAGAUUGAGCAAAGGGAAUCAAAAGAAAAAAUAUAUUUGCAUGAGUGAAAAGGAUUUCGUUUUUAUUUGCUGUUUGUAAUAGUUUGUAACAGUUUUAGGUGCGUGUGGAGGUUGACGCGGAUUUGUUUUUGUUUAUACACGUUUGUAAUGUAUCUUACAAUCUAUUUAAAUACUGCCAUAAACACUGAAUUUAUGCAAAAA